AUGGACCUUCAUUUGUAUUUUGGCAAUGAAUUUAUUGAAUAUAAAAUAUCAAAAUGUAAUAACGAAACUAUAAAACAACCCAAUACAAUUAAAAUUCAAAAUGGUUAUAAGUGUCCUGAUCAUCAAUAUAAAACUCGAAUGAUUUCACGUAGUCCAUUAAUUAUUUAUAUAGAAAAAUUUCUUACUAAGGAUGAAAUGAAACAUUUAAUUGAACUAGCAGAACCAUGGUUUCAACCUUCUACAAUAUUUGAUAAAGAUGGAAUACUUGUUUUGGACAAACAUCGAACAUCAAGUACAGCUAGUAUAGAACGCCAUGAGACACCCAUUGUCAAAUGUAUCGAACAACGUUUUGCUGAAUUUCAAGGUAAUGUUGAUGUCGAAUAUCUUGAACCAUUACAAGUCGUCAAAUAUGUUGAAACACAAGAGUUUAAACCGCAUUUUGAUUGGUUUACUGAUCUCGAUGCAAUAGACAAGAUUGGCCAACGUAUAACAACAUUUUUUACAUAUCUUCAAUCAAAUUGCUCUCAAGCUGCAACAGAAUUUCUUAAUAUUAAAUUCAAUAAAGCUCUUCAUAAACGCUUUUGUGAUAUUUUAAUAUGUGAUAAAAAUUCUGCUGAGCGGGGUAUUAGAUUUCGCCCAUUAGCUGGCAACAGUAUCUUUUGGUUUAAUAUUGAUGAACAAGGAAAAGGUGAUCGUUUAACAAUUCAUGCAGGUCGUCCACCUAUCAAAGAUGGUUACAAAAUUGGAUUGAACACUUGGACACAUACUAAAAGAGUUCCUGUGAAAUUGAGAAUUAAUGAAGACAAACCCGUGAACAGAUCUUAA